UAUAUUUCGUGAUGAUCAAUUUAUCAAAUAUAAUUUAUGAUGGUUUUCAUGUAGCCCCCUCUCCUGGCUGCUAUUGCUUCAAGCACCUCUGUGCUUAUAAUAGCUGGCCCCUGUAUUUUACCGAACUAUAUCACAUACUUAGAUUGACAGUUCGGCAUCUCAGAUCAGCCUUGUUCACGUGAUGCCGGUGAGUACUUCAACCCUGAAGCAGAUAGCUGCAAUUGGAGGAAUUAUUUCUCUUGGAGGAGCAGGAUAUUUCUACAAGGGUAUACAAGAUAAUGUAGCUAAAGGAUCAUACUACUCCAAGUCGGUAGAGAUUCUCUGUAACCAUAAAGGUGCUACUGAUGUCCUUGGCUUGCCUAUAAAGACAAAGUUUGUUAAUCUUGGGAAUCAGUUUAAUGCUGUAUCUGCUUUACAGGCUAAUCUUGCUAUACCACUGAGGGGCUCAAUAAGACCUGGAGUAAUGUACACAUGGUCUUCAAGACAAACCAUGAUGGAUGACUGGACAGUUCAGAGAAUAGACUUGGAGAUCACAAGCCCCCAGAGAAAAGUCACAAUCUACAAAGCGCCCUCUAGUGACCAGGAACAGUCAUUGGAAGGAGGAGAUAAUGCACCACUUUGGGACUCAAGUGAAGAAUUGGGGAAUAGAUGACACUGUUAAGAAUGGUUUCACUUGUAAUAGAUAACUCUGUCAUUCUCCAGUGGUGACCAUUAACAGGUUAUUCAAAUGUUAUUGUCACUUGCAAUAGAUUGCAACAGGCGAUCAGUAACGCUCCAUUCACAUGUUAUCACCCGAUGCAAUAGCUUGAAUCGGGUGAUCGGUAAUGCAUCAUUCGGAUGUUGUCAUCACUUGUAAUAGAUAAUAAUAUUUUCAGCAGCAGCAUUUUCAUUUAUGAAGCGUCACAAUGCAAAUCUGUAUGAUGUACAACCUGAGCUCUGCCCAGUUUUAACCAGUGGUAUAAAUCUGUAAGCUUCAGAAUCAGAUGUCAUCAAGACUUGCUUUGCAUAAAUAACACAGAUGUGUUCUUGACUGGUGAUAGAUCACACAUAGCAAAAAUGACAUGACUCAGUCAUGUCAUGUGAUUCAGUCAUGUCAUGUGAUAUAUCACCACUGGUUAUUGAUAGCAUUGUCCAUCACCAUUGAAGAUAACAUAUGUAUGUGGGUUGUUAUUGCUUUUCCUACCGUAUCAGGAGAGUUUAACAAAUGGCUUGCCAUAAUUUGUGUAUCCAGUGGAACUGUUUUACUUUGACACAGUGUUGAAACUUUUUUUUAAAGGUGAAAUAUAUUUAUUCAAACAUGGCCUUAUUAUAUAUCAAUGGAAAGGUAAUGAUGUUGGGAUUAUAAUUUGGUCAUUUGAAAAUAACGAAAAUAAAUACAUAAGGUGGAAAUCACCAAUUAAAAAGCGCUAAAAUGCCUCUCCGAAAUAUGCCCUGCGUCGGUCUCUGAAUUGACUCGAAUUUGAUGACAGGUAUGAAGGUACAAGAGACGUGAUUGGCUCUCCUACAUCAAGCUCCACUUGCAUGCAAAUUGCAAAACCUACUGCGAAUGUCAGUGCCCGUGCAAUUUAUCCACACUGUCACCGAGUAGUUCGAUCAUAAAAAUGGAAGAAAACCCAGAAGUUAUAUCUAGAUUUAGAUUUUUAAACAAAUGUUGUUGAAGAGGGUUCCUCAACAACAGGAAAACAAAAAGAAGGAUGUGCAAUAACUAAAUUUGUAGAAGAGUGGUGAAUUUGAUUAUGUCUAACGUCAUUGAUUUUAGAAUCAAAUUUUGUACAAUGAAACGCCUCUGAAUAAAAUGGAUCAUCAGUUUUGCCAAGUUCAUGUAUUAUCUUUCAAAUCUUUGUCCAAGAUUUGAAGACAUCAAGACACAAUUUGUUUCUUGAAUAAAUGUUUAUCUGUUAAAAUCAAUUUGAAUAUCAAUUUUGGUUGAUGAAAAAUUCCCUGGCUUUCAGUAAAUAUUGUGUGACCUUCCAGGCAUUUAUCCCCAGUACUAUCUUCAAAAAGGAUGUAAAAUAAUUUUUCCCUGGUACCUUACAAACUAUAAAAGGAAAGAGAAUGUCAAACAUCUUGUUUUAGAUGAUCAAUAUUUCACUGAUUCUAAGCUCAAUUUGUGAUAUUCUACAAAACUAUGAAUAAAUAAAGCCCUUGUUUAUUUAUUUAUUACAAACUAUUGUAACAGAAAUACUUGUAACAUUAUCUAGAAUGUUGUGUCUCUAAAUAUGUAAUGAUGAUUAAACUUGGUGUGCUGUCAUUAUUACAGAUAAUGACAGUGCUGUCAUAAUGUGAAUAAUCAUGGAUCUUCUAAAUAAUAUUUAUUCUUGAAUGUUACCAGAAAGUAAGAUCUUGCUGCAAAGAUUUGAGCACACUUGGAAAUGUUUACAUUACUGUGGACUGACCUUAUUUGUCAUUCCAUAAUCGAUACAGAAAAAUUGACCUUGAGGGUGUUUCGCGAAGAGUUAAGUAUAACAAAGUUAUAGUCAUGCUUAAAUGCCGACACUCACACAUAAUUAUACAUUUAUAACAUGCAAUCUUGUUGAUUGAUAUGCAGUGCGUCCUCUUGUCAAGGCGUGACCAGUGCUGUGUUGCGUCUUAUACCCCAUGCAACUGGGAAUUUAUUAGUGCAACUGUCACACUUAACUCUUUGUGACACUCCAUCCCGAUCAAUACAGCUGAAGGGUCUAUGGGUGUGAUGCUUUAGCUAGUCCAGGACGGCAAGGCAAGUUAGGGAUCAGUCCCUACAAACAUUCUAAGAAACUUACUGGUCUUCUUGAAUCUAUAUAAAUGCAAGAAGAGCAAUCAGAUAUUAGCCUCAGACCCAAUUUUUGUAAUGUGGCUGCACACAUAUGAGACAUAACCCAUGACUUUUCCAGCAUGAUAUGUAGAAUAUGGUUUACAAAGUGAUUCUAUUUCAUGCAAGCUGUGCAAGCUACUGUACAUUAUGAACAACAAAACUUUGAAUCCACAUGCACUCUGCACACCUUACAUGCCUAAUAUAAUCUCUCAAGAACAAUAAGUACAUUUGAAAAAAAAAAUGCUUGAAGUUUUGCUGGGGAGGAGGAGG